UGACGUUGCACAAAGCCUCUCUCUCACUCCUUUCUUGCUGCAUCACAACCGCCGCUAGUAGCUCCCUGGCUAUUUGCACUGACCGGGGGACAAUAUAAUCGCAUAGCUAAUUAGCAUAAUAAUAACUCUAAAGAUAACACUAGCUAACAUCACCACAACAGGAGUAAUCUACGGAAACGAUUUACCUUGAGCUAUCCCCUUGGAACCACUGGGACAUGGCCAGGCAAGAUCAGGUCCUGCUCUUGGAGCCACAGCACGAACUGAAAUUCCGAGGUCCCUUCUCGGAUGUGGUCAACACCACCCUAAAGCUCGCCAACCCCACAGACAGGAAUGUGUGCUUCAAAGUCAAGACGACGGCCCCGCGCCGUUACUGCGUCCGGCCGAACAGCGGCGUCCUCGACGCCGGCACCUCAAUCAACGUCUCAGUGAUGCUGCAGCCUUUCGACUACGACCCCAACGAGAAAAGCAAACACAAAUUCAUGGUGCAGUCCAUGCUGGCUCCCCCCGAAAUGACAGACAUGGAGGGAGUGUGGAAGGAGGCAAAGCCAGAGGAGCUGAUGGACUCCAAACUGAGGUGUGUCUUUGAGCUGCCGGCGGAGAACGAGAAAACGCACCAGGACCCGGAUGCCAACAAGAUGAUGUCGUCCAACCUGCUCAAGUCCGAGUCCUCCACACUGUCCAUGAAGUCCAUGAGCUCCACCCUGGACGACGGCGAGGUCAAGAAGGUCAUGGAGGAGUGUAAGAGGUUGCAGACGGAGGCACAGCGGCUACGGGAAGAGAACAAGCAGAUCAGGGAAGACGAUGGCCUGCGGAUGAGGAAGAGCAACGUGUUGUCCUCCUCCCAGCACUCCUCCCACUCCAUGGUGAAGGAGGAGGGGCUGAGCCUGCGCACGGUGGCCCUCAUCGUGCUCUUCUUCGUGGUCGGAGUCAUCAUCGGCAAGUUGGUCUUGUAAGAGCAAGCGGCGAGCGAGAGACGGCCAACCGCAUGCUUUCAGGGGAUUGAAACAAACGGAUUUGGGAUUUUUUUUAAAUUCAGAAAUGCCAUAUCAAUGGGGUAGUUUUGAAUCGUUCAUUUAUGUACAAAUAAAAAAAUAUACAAAUCAAAAAUCCAUGUUAUGAACAAACCAACGAGAGAAAAAACAACAACUUGUUUCAAGAUCUCUUUAAUCAUAACAUAAUCAUUCUGGCCUACGCCACAGAUACAGUAGGAGCAGUAGGAGGGGGUAAAAUGCAGAUCAUUGAUAGUCAUUGAAGCAAAGGAUUUUCUAAACACCGUGGGGGGGGGGGGGGGGCUUGCGAUUGAGUCAGUUUGCGUUGUGUGAAUGAAUGUUUUCACGGAUUGUAAUUUCUUUUCACAAGUGGCCAGAGGCCGUGGGCAUACUCUGUGUAAAGAAUCCAUAGUAACCCUGGAGUAAAGUAAUGCCAGGUGGGCAGCACUCUGUGUAAAGAAUCCAUAGUAACCCUGGAGUAAAGUCAUGCCAGGUGGGCAGCACUCUGUGUAAAGAAUCCAUAGUAACCCUGGAGUAAAGUCAUGCCAGGUGGGCAGCACUCUGUGUAAAGAAUCCAUAGUAACCCUGGAGUAAAGUCAUGCCAGGUGGGCAGCACUCUGUGUAAAGAAUCCAUAGUAACCCUGGAGUAAAGUCAUGCCAGGUGGGUAGCACUCUGUGUAAAGAAUCCAUAGUAACCCUGGAGUAAAGUCAUGCCAGGUGGGCAGCACUCUCUGUAAAGAAUCCAUAGUAACCCUGGAGUAAAGUCAUGCCAGGUGUGCAGCACUCUGUAAAGAAUCCAUAGUAACCCUGGAGUAAAGUCAUGCCAGGUGGGCAGCACUCUGUGUAAAGAAUCCAUAGUAACCCUGGAGUAAAGUAAUGCCAGGUGUGCAGCACUCUUUUUAUCUCACCUCCUUUACAACAUGAUUGACAGAGAGGCUUCAGGAAGUAGAUGGGGUUAUGCACAGGGAUACUGUCAACCAAACUGACUCUUCCAAUCAGAGGCCUUGUAUAGACCGUCUCCUCUGUGAUUGGGGAACAUCCUUAAUCAACACAACAACGCCCCCCCCCCCCCCCCCCCCGUCUCCCCAUUCUAUGUUUUUGCAAGCUAGAAUAUUUUCCCCCCUCACCUUUUGAUCAUAAAUACCUAAGUUGGCAGUAUAUUCUUGAUUGCAUGCAUCCACUAAAGAGCAUUGCAUUUUUUGGGACAUUUUAAAUUAACUUUAAUUGCUUUCAUCAUUGUCAUGUUUCUUUUCAGCCUUAGGUUUUCUCAACUCAAUCUUCAGAUUUUUUUUUCCCCCUUUCAUUUUAUUUUAUUUUUUCAUUUUUGUGAUUAAGUUCUUUUGGUUUUUAGGGUUUGAGGUAUUAUUAAAAAAUGUAUGCAGCUAAAUGAACUCCGGAUGGGUUGGGACUGAGUCACUGAAUAAACUACUUACCUUGUGACUGUUAUUAGCAAGUUACUCUGGAAGGAAAGAAGGGAGAGAGGGAAUGAGGAAAGGUACAUGUAGAAGUGAGUUUUGCUGAGGUUUACCUCAACAAUAAUACUGCUGUCGGUAUUGUCUGUUUUCUUUUUUCUUCUCCAAGCCGUACAUUUGUUGAUCUGUCAGGCAGAACUGUUAUUUAAAUGGUUUAUGCUGUCCGUUCACUAUGCUGUGACUGUCCACGUAACUCUUAAAGAACCUUUCUCCAACUGUAUGGUCAUGGUCAUUGGCUUCAUUCACCCCACUACGGUCAGCAUCGAUAGGUUUGGAUCUUUGUCUGUUUGUUUCACCGUUAUAGCCAUCACUGCACUCAUGUUCAUUUUAAUGCACUAUAUUCUCAAUAAUGUUUUUUCCCAGUAUCUAUCAAUGUAACUGUUUUGUUAGUUGACGUGUCUCUGCAUUUAACUCACAAGAAAACUAAAACAUACUGAACUAUAUCCUGAAGGGACCAUUCUGCCUUUUGUGUUUGUCCCUACUGUUUUUGAUUGCUUUGUCCUUAAUGGGAUUCAUGUCAAAAAUGCAAUACACUCAAUUUCUUUCAUCUCACUGUCGCAGAUUAUGGAUUAUUACUUGCCGAUGGAAGUAUGGAUUUGAGGAAAGAGCGAGGGAGAGCGUAACCUACUGUAGCUACGUGUGACUGAGCGUAACCUACUGUAUCUACAUGUGACUGAGAGUAACCUAAUGUAUCUACGUGUGACUGAGCGUAACCUACUGUAUCUACGUGUGACUGAGAGUAACCUACUGUAUCUACGUGUGACUGAGCGUAACCUACUGUAUCUACGUGUGACUGAGCGUAACCUACUGUAUCUACGUGUGACUGAGCGUAACCUACUGUAUCUACGUGUGACUGAGAGUAACCUACUGUAUCUACGUGUGACUGAGCGUAACCUACUGUAUCUACGUGUGACUGAGCGUAACCUACUGUAUCUACGUGUGACUGAGAGUAACCUACUGUAUCUACGUGUGACUGAGCGUAACCUACUGUAUCUACGUGUGACUGAGCGUAAACUACUGUAUCUACUUGUGCGUGAAGCAUAAUUCUGCUUAGAGGGAGGGCAGAACAGGUCUGAGCUGAGCUACGCUGUCCCAAUGGUUGUGAAAACACUAAAAUUGACCUGUCUACCAUCGUGAUCCAUGUAAGCAGUCGGCAACUGUUUUGUAUGUAUAUAAAUAAGUCUAAGAAAAAUUCCUAUUCCUAGUCAUGUAGUCAGUCUAUGGUGUUAAACCUUGAUGGACUAUGUAGCGUCUUAAUAAAUUAAAUGAAUAAAGACCCUACCUAA